AAUUGGUCCAAAAAGCUAUAGAAGGUCCAACGAAUUUUCCAUUUACCCAUACGCGCAGGGUCCCGUUGGUGAUGUCACACCCUGCCUAUAAAACCUGCCCAUCCGCAACCUUUCUCCUCGGUUUAAGACACCAAAGAAACCAAGUAAACAAAAAAAUAUUCCCCUUUUCUCUCACAAAUCCUGCAAAAAAAAUUCUUUUUUAACUAAAGAAACAAAAAGAACCCUAACAAAAAAUGGUGGCCGUCGAUGUUAACGAGAAGAACAGUGGAAGCAGUCUUAAGUUUCUAUGCAGUUACGGCGGCAGAAUCCUCCCUCGUUCUACAGACGGGAAGCUCCGUUACGUCGGAGGUCAUACCAGAGUCCUCUCCGUCCAUCGUUCUAUCUCUUUCGAAGAGCUAAUGAAGAAACUAUUCGAAUUCUGUGGAUACUCCGUUGAUCUGCGGUGUCAAUUACCUAACGGAGAUCUCGAGACUCUAAUCUCCGUCAAAUCAGAUGAGGAUCUAGCCAACAUCGUUGAGGAGUACGAUCGCGUCUCCGGAGCCAAGAUCCGAGCCGUUCUAUCGCCUCCGAGAGCGCAUAGACAGGGAUCUCCGUCGUCUACAAGCAGCGAUCUAUCUCCAAAAUCUCCGUUCGCAGUUACGCCUUCCCCGCCGAACUCGCCGUCGUCGGCGUACGGGAGAUAUGUACAGUCUCGGUAUUGUCUGCCUCCCACGGAUCUUGGUAGAAGAUACAUUCACGGAUACGGAGAAUCAUAUUGCUAUGCGUGUCGUGGACAUAAAGACUCUAGGCUCAUCCGGCAUUGACGCAAAAAAAAAUUGGAAUUUACGACGAUGAUGAAGAAAACAAAUAAAAUAAAUGAAAAAAUUUAGGUGAUAUAGUUUUAUACGAUGUGAUUGUUUGCGAAGAGAAGAAUGAAAUGUUUCCUUUCCAUU